GCCAAAGUGGAUAGUCGCUGUCUGUUUGUGCCACAUACUCUGCUGAUGGUGAUAGUAAGUAUGGCUGUUUAUUCUUUAUAAGUGUACGUUCGUACCGUGUGAAAGCAUGGACACCAAGUCAAGGUGUCGAUUCAUAUGAUAUACUUUCAGUGCUGUAACGAUAGUAUCAACCAACGUUUAGCUAGUCCGACAAUUAAUUCAUUUUAUUAUAGUUUCUUGACUGAUUCUAGCAAAUACUUUCAAUGAGGUAGUAGGGAAUGAAAAUAAAUGAUAGAUUAUUACAAUGAAUGUUGAUAAUUGGUAAUAAAUGUGUUAUAAAUUAUAAAUGGUAUUGAAUGUUGAUAAAGCAGUGGGAGGGGCAGAAGGGGGCAGUUCCCCCGGGCGCCAAAAAGGUCUUUAGAUAGGAUCUUUAUAGUAAAUUAAACGAUAAAAUGCUAUGCACUUUACAAGGGGCGCCAAAAUCAUUUCUUUACUGGCCCGCCCCGGGUGGCCCUUUUUUCUAUACAUUGGCUGGCGCCAUUUUUAGGUUUGGCCCCGGGCGCCUUUUUUUUUUAUCUUGGCACCACUGCGUAGCUAAGACUAGUGCCGCUCGGGGCGGGCUAAGAUAUUUAGCUCCCUUCUUCCGUGAAAAUACUCUGCAUUUGACCGAAAAUGAUGCCCCUCCAUAUAAGCAAAUUGCCACCCUGGGUGGACCCCCUUUAUAAUAUCAAUCACAGCCUUUUUUUUUUUGCAAUCUUCAGAAUUUUAUCUAUAACGUUUUCAUUAACCUUAUGAAAAACAUAAGCUAAGGGCAAAGGUCGGUAACGUGUUAUUAAUAAUGUGCCGAGUAGGAUUCCUAUUUCAUUCAGAAUGCCAACAACCCAUAAGUCUAUCUACACCAGGGGCGUCUGCACAAAGGGAAGGAAAACAGCUGCUUCCAAUGUGAGGUGUAAGAAAAGAAAAAAAAAAGGGGGGGGGGGAAAAAAUCCUCCAUGCCUGCUUUUGCAUUUCUCCCGGUUAAAAGCCUACUAAUAUUGGGAAUUUUAAAAAAAAAAACAUUAAAAACUCAUUUUUUUAAUAUUAUUAAUAAAAAAAAAAAAAAAAAAGGGGGGGGGGGGUAAAAAUCCUCCAUGCCUGCUUUUGCAUUUCUCCCGGUUAAAAGCCUACUAAUAUUGGGAAUUUUAAAAAAAAAUACAUUAUAUACUCAUUUUUGUAAUAUUAUUAUUAUUGUAUUUUUGGGGGCGAAGGGGGUGGGGAUGUGUUACAACGAAAAAAUUGUGUGUUCUAAGUGUGACACGUGUUUUGACCGCACUCCCAAGCCAAGAGCCCGAACUAAUCUUUGAACUUUAAGUACAAAAACUUAAAUAAAAAUUAUAGGCCUACUGAAAUUCAUAUGGUGAAUAACCUUUGAUAGACUAGUUUUAUUUGCUGAAAAAUCUGAAGAAUGGUUGCGAAAUGUAGCGAACGGUAGCGAAAUUGUACUCGUUUUUUUAUAUGUUAUUUUUGGCUAGUCAAUAAAUGUUCUUAUAAUUUUUUUAGACUGUAAAUUUUUGUAGUACAAUUAUCAUAGUGAGCUCCCCUAUCCCAAACGAACCUCCACUACCGUGACUGGCAUGACUGGUGGGACUGGCAUGACUGGUGGGACUGGCAUGUUCCACACACGGAAUUUACAAAUUUGCAGUUCUUGGGGUUGGGAGAAGUGGGAUUGGCUUCCACCACUCAGGGGUUGAGGGAUAGACGCCCCUGAGCCGUGCUACGCUACCAUUUUCUAGUCGUAUUGAAGAUUACUUUGCGUGUCGCGUCUGACACGCGUGUCGCGAUGUGCCGACCUCUGGCUAAAGGCUGCAAAAUUCCAGUCUGGCCUGAAAACAGAAAUGCUGUUUGGGAUGAUUUUCCUCAGUAUACGUGUGUAAGUGUAAGUUUGCGAGGUGGGCGUUGGGGGGGGGGGUUGGUAUUGAAGACUUGGCGUACAGCAACAGCACCAACGUGUGCUGAUUCAGUGGACUGGAGAAACACACUUUAGAAGUAAACAUGCGUGCUAUUUGUAUUCAUUUCGCCGAACAUUCACUUGAUCAUGUUGGCCCUGCUGCAGUAGCUUUCUAUUUAGAUGUAACCAUACUUUGUGUUGAUGUACAUCGCCUACAAAGAACAAAGAAUCUAAAAAACAACAAAAAAAACCAACUACCUGGCGUUGAAUGGUGUGCAGGGAAAAAGAAUGUGUCAACAAAUAAAAGCAAACCCGCUAGAGCUCACUUAGAACAGUGGUUCUCAACAUUCGUAAUGCCGCGACCCUUUAAUACAGUUCCUCGUGCUGUGGUGACCCCCAACUAUAACAUUAUUUUCGUGUGUUUUCCGAUGGUCUUAGGCGAGCUUGUGUAAGGGUCGUUUGACCCCCCCCCCCCCGAAGGGGUCGCGACCCACAGGUUGAGAACCACUGACUUAGACGCUUUGAAGAGAUUUCUCCAAACCCUGGCUUUAGAACAGGAGACAGGAGUGCGUGAACAGCCCCGGGCCGCUCCAUUAUGAAGUUACUAGAUAAGGGACUGCGUUCAAGCUAUGCGUUCAAGUAAAUAAAAGUAUAACAAGGUCUGUUUAGGCUUGAAAAUUAGAGACAAUUAAGCGGUCGUUUCAACUGGAUGCCUUCCUGUUCUCAACAUUGAUCUACAUUGACCUACAUGGACAUACAUUGACCUACAUUGACCUACCUUGACCUACCUUGACCUACAUUGACAUACAUUGACCCACAUUGAGCUACAUUGACCCACAUUGAGCUACGUUGAAUUACAUUGGUUUUAUAUAGAUCUUCAAUUACACAAGUUUUAUUAUUCCUAUUUAAAUGUAUCUGUUGUUUAUUUAUUUCUAUUUUCUGCCGAAGAAGGCUGCUGGCUGAACAUCUGGCCUACCUAUGGUCUUAUAUCCUUGAUAUGUAAAUCGAUUCAGUUACGUCAUGGCAGUUUUUUUUUUUACUAUUCGCACCGGCUCGGCAGAACCUAUUGCCAAUUAUUUUUUGUUGAGUUCGGCGAAGCUACUGCUAAAAUGGGACUUAGGUCGUUGGCUAUUAAGGUUCUCUCUAAGGUGGACGCCCUGGCAACCGCCUAAUGUGUUCCAAAGAUGUACAUUCCCUAAAAUUUAGUUCAUCUGCGCAACAGCACAUUCUAAAUGUCUGUUCCAGCCAUGGGGGGGGGGGGGGGGGGAUUAACAGUUGUAAUAUUUAUAAUGUGGUGUUGAAUACUUAAAAGCUGCCAUUGGAACCGUGAACCGGUUGUUAAUGUUACUGAAGUAUUGGAAGCGCACUACUGUGUGGUACUUAUCUUUGUUUACAGUUUCACUUAGCUUACUCUCUAUCUUGGCUAGCUUGAUCACAGUAUAGUAAAUGAUUGUUACAUUUUUUUAUCAAAGAAGCAGUGAACUAUUUGGAGAUGUGACCAAUAACUUGUGAAGUUAUUUUAUUGACGAGUUUUCUAGGGCAAUAGGUCCAAAUUCUUCCGUUUCGAUAUGGUGAUAAGGGCUAUUUCCAAUACCUUGUUUUUUGCUAUCAAUGGGGAAAAAAAUUAGUUUAGCCAGCGCUAAUUUUUUAUAGUAGUUAAAAUACUCCUGGCUGUUUUUUUUUUUUUUUGUUUUUUUUUGUGAUGAAAAGACAUCAUUAAACUUAUAGUACUAAUUGCUCCUAAGAUUCCAACUUGAGCCAGAUUUAAAGAAUUAAAUAACUGUAAUAUUAAUUACUAGAUAUAGCCCUCCAAACAUAAGAUAAGAUAAGAUUCUUUUAUUGAUCCAAAUAAAUGGAAAUGUUUUUUGAUUGAAUUAUACAUUUUCAGCACAAAAAUAAAACAAUUUAAACACAAGACAUUUAUAAUAAAUUAUUUCAAACAGCCAUUCAGUGAGUUCUCUUACCAAAAUUGGGGACUUAUUAGUUCUCAUUCAGAUGUGUGACUUUAGAGGAAGCACGCCGGUAAAUUCGUAAAGAUUGAGGAACAAAAGAUUUUUAUAUCGGUCAGUCCUCGCCCUGAUGGAAAGAAUUCGUCCCGAACACCCGAUCCUAAGUAUCUGGGAUGAAGAGGGUGGAAUGUAUCAUCCAAAAUGUGUUUAGUUUUGCAAAAACAUCUUUCUUCUAAUAGUCCUUCAAGUGAAGGAUGUUUGUGUUAUGUUUCUAGCUUUCUUGAUUAGUCGGUUUAUGCGGUGUUUAAUAUCAGACGUUGAAUUUCCACACCAGCAUGUAAUACUGAAAUUAAGCAGACUUUUAAUAGUUGCACUGUAGAAUAAGUUAAAGAAUUGCUUGUUUACGCCAAAAUUGUACAGUUUUUUGAGGUAGAACAGUCUGUGGUUGAAUUGCGUAUACAGGAUUCGGCCGUGCUCAUGCCAUGUUAGCUUAUUAUAAUAGUGACACCUAAGGACUUGUAUGCCUCGACUUUCUCCACAUUUUGAUUUUUUAUGUUGAGAUCUGUAAUCUGGUGUUUCCCCCUCAUGAAAUCAACAACCAUUUUUUUUGUUUUUGAGACAUUCAACUGGAGAAAAUUUUCAUCGCACCAAUUGAUAAAUUUUGUUACUAAGUUACGGUAUAGGCCUUCUCUUUCAGAUAUUAAGCCAACAUGAUACGUCGCUGCACAUUUUUUAUUUCACGCCCAUGAACAAUCUAUCUAUAUCUAUAAUUCGUCAGCAAAGGUCAAACACGAACAUGGGCGCCCGCAGAAAACUUUCUGGGGGGGGGGGCAAAAAAAAUCGAUUAACUUUCCAGGGAGGGUGGCAAAAAAUGUUUAGUCAUGUUUUAAUAUAGUUUAAUUUACUGUAGUGUAUUUGUAUGGUGAACGAACGGACAGGACAUUAGCUUAGUUACUUUCUCUUUACUUUCUCUUUACUUUAAUACAUUUUUUGUCUAUUUUUGUCUAAAUUUUUUUAUCUAAUCAAUCCAGGGGAGGGGGGGGGCAAGCCCCCUGCGGACGCCCAUGAACACGAACACGGUUCAAACACCACACAGGCUAUUUAUAGAUACGCCAGAGUGUGGUUCAAUAAUGAGUUCAGUAGCGCGCAAAAUAUAAUUCCCGAUAACUACGGCAUAUAUGAUAUAUGUAUAUUUUUUUAAUAAAGCAAUUGGGUUUCGUGCGUAAUAUUUUCUUUUUGGAAAUGAAGUCGUCUCAAUUUAAGUAUUGUGUAAAAAAUAUUAGGUUCAGAAUUGGUUGGGACAUGAGAAUAUUAAUAUAGUUCAUGGGCGUGAAAUAAAAAGUGUGUAGUGACGUAUCAUGAAAAAAAAAGAGGGGGGGGGGGGGGGGGGGGGGAAGGGGGGGUAGCAAAUAUUGGGAUUAUUUUCAAUGUGCGUUACUUGAUUUCACGUUUUUUAUUGGUUGGGACAUGAGAAUAUUAAUAUAGUUCAUGGGCGUGAAAUAAAAAGUGUGUAGUGACGUAUCAUGAAAAAAAAAGAGGGGGGGGGGGGGGGGGGGGAGGAAGGGGUGUAGCAAAUAUUGGGAUUAUUUUUAAUGUGCGUUACUUGAUUUCACGUUUUUGUCAAGUAACUUUAGAAGAUGGGAAGUUCACGCAUUGCUGUCGCCAAUGUUUGGCGGGCUAUAUUUAGUAUUAAAUAUUCUAAUGUCCCAACCACUUUUAAACCGAAUAUUUUGUUUACACCAUACUUUAUUGUGACGAUUUCAUUUCCCGAAAAGAAGAUAUUACGCGCCAAACGCAGUUGUGUGUUGUUGUUGUUUUUUUAAUAUGUCAUCUAGGGUUGUAAUCGGAAAUUAUAUUUUGCACGCUAUUGAACUCAUUAUUGAACCAUGGUUUCUUUCAAACAUAUACAAUUAUUUGUAAUAUACUCUCAAUACCAAAUACGCUGCAUAGGAAGAAGCCAGAACAGGAAGCGGUCCACGAGUCACACCGGAAGCGUAAUAUAUUUUAUAUAUAUAUAUAUAUAUAUAUAUAUAUAUAUAUAUAUAUGCGAUGUGCAUAUCAGCGUGUUUUGAUUCAGUUUUGAAUUUCCGAUUCGGUUACAGGGUGUAGCUUUUUCUUAAUAAUUCACACCGGAAGCGUAAUAUAUUUUAUAUAUAUAUAUAUAUAUAUAAAUAUAUAUAUAUAUAUAUGCGAUGUGCAUAUCAGCGUGUUUUGAUUCAGUUUUGAAUUUCCGAUUCGGUUACAGGGUGUAGCUUUUUCUUAAUAAAAAAAUAGCUAGUUAUUUAAAUGUGACAUAUCGUCGGUGUUUACUGGUAGGCUAUUAAACGAUCAGCAAAUCGUUAAGCUUUCACUGGGUAACAGGGUACCAACAUAUUUUUUUAAAUGUCUCCCUAUAAUACUAUUUAUGGGCUAAUUUGUGAUUGACAAAUUGGGUUGUGAACUAUGGUGUUAUAUCCUUUAUAUGUAAAUCAAUUCUGUUAUGUCAUAGCAGGAAGAAAGAAAUCACAUACACAGAAUGAUGCGUUUUUUUUAAAAUAUGGAAACAGUUGGUACUCUCAGCUCUGCAGCGAUCAUCGAUGAUUUCAUAUUGACGGGCCGGUCUUUGUUGCCAAGGUCUUAACUUGCUGUUUCUAAGGGGUUAAUUUUUUGUUUACAUGACAUUAAUCAACCGCUGCUCCUCAUAAAAAAUUUCUGGACUCCCCCCUCCUACUUCUCCUACUCCACACACAAUCAGUCUCAUUUUGGGUUAUUUAUACAUUGUAAUUCAGUAAGUGCUUCGCAACCACCAGGUAACCAACCAAUCACUGUAGGCCUACAGAGCUUCCAGUUUGGUAAGUGAACCGUGGGAACAUCAAUAAACGACGUCACGCUUGUGGGUGGUGGUGGUGGGUUUGGGGGGGGGGGGCUGUCACAAAUUUGUGCUUCGUGUGAUAUAAGUAUUAUGUGUUUAAUUUGUGUUAAAAUUUGUGACGAUGCGGGAGGGGGUAAAAAUUGUGUAAAAAUAGCGUCAAGUCAUUUAAGGAUGCCCCACAUGCUCUUUUGCCUCAUUGUGAUAGGCCUAUUUGAAUUGAACGAGGAAUAUAAUAUUUAAUAAGUUAUCAUUUGAAAACAAAAGACGAAACUUAACAUUGCCGAAAGGAUGAGAAAAAAAAUUGAUUAAAUCGCAAAAAACAUGAAGGAAUGGGCUUAUUCCAGUGGCCGCACUGGCGUAGAAAAGGUGGUUUGGGGAAGGGGGGGGGGUCAGCCCAGGGUUGCACCUUUUCUCUACGUAUAGAGGGGCGGAAUUUUAGGGCCAAAUGCAUCUAUUUUUCGAGAACCAGGAGUGGCAGAGAUCCUGGAUGUCCCCGGACAGCACUAAUCUUAGCCACGCCGCUGAGUCGCCAGUGAUUCUCACGUUCAAGCAUCCCGCCGCCGGGGCAAAAUGUCUACAAUAAAAUGAAAAUAUAGUUUAUUUUAAAAAAAACGACCAAAUUGCCAUUUUUAAAACAAUAGUAACUGGUUCCAUCAACCGAGUACAAUUAGUGGAAUCUAUGAAAUAUCGCUACGCUAAAUAUAUAUAUUUGACGAUAUGUAUAGUUCAUGAUCAUAAUUAUGGUACUGUUUCGAAAAUUGGCUGCUCCCGAAGUUGAGGACAAGACUUACUUCGGAUUUCUUGGCAUUUUAAUUUAAUUAUUUAUGUGCAACUUAACACGUUUAAAGACUUUAAUAACACUGGUAAUAAACUACCUUUACAUGAAUACGAAUGUCUAUAAUUUUAAUAUAGUUCUCGCUUUUAUGAUAACAUUAUAUUUUAUAAUAAAAGCAUGACUUUAAAAGUAAGGAUAGUUGUUAGUUAUCAAUUGUUAUUAUAUAAGUUUAUUUGUUAUUAGCAUAAUUUUAAAUGUACCGGUAAUGUAACAAUUACGAAUUUAGCGGGCGCAUACAAUUAGUGCACACUUAAUUACUUAAUUAAUUACAAUAUCGAAAGCGUUUGUGUUUUCUUUAAUUAAAUGAGUUACUUUUGUAACAACUUUCUGAAUAACAGAGUUCUUUUUACAAAUACUUAGCCUAUAUUUAUUAGAUUCCCAACUGAUUUUCUCUUUUAUUAUCACUGAUCACGACAAUAUCAAUAUAACAAUCUGCCCCAACUAUUCGCACGCACUUUUUAAAAUUAUUAUUAUUAUUUUCUUUUCUUUUUUUUUUUUUUUUUUAAUAGAGAAUCCAAAAAAAAUCUAUUUUAUAAUUUUAAAAAAUCAAACACCUUUUUUUGAAAUAGCAUUUCGAUUUCUACACCGAAUAAUUUUUUUUUUUUUUUUUUUUGGAACUGACUGAUUUUAGAAAUAAUACGUGUAUCUCAAAUCGUCAAGUUAAAAAAUAUGUUCUAUAAAUAUAUCGAAGAAGCAAUUUGUAAUUUAUCUGCACAAAGUUUUAGUCUUUUGAAAUUCCAAAUAAUCAUUACAAUCAACUGAAUCCUCGGAACUUUAUACUUUAUUUGUAUACGAUUUCCAUCAAAUAAAUCACACAUCAAUGAAUAGUGUAAUAUGAUGUCAUUGCAAACAACUCAUGUCCUCUUAACAUAAUUAUGCUGUUAAUAGAAGCUUAAGAUUUAUAAAAAUGACCGGUUCUGAAAAACCCAUAAAAUGUAGGCCAAUAGUCCUUUUUUUUAAUAAAACAGUCUUUUUUUCUAUAUUAUUCUAAAAACUUGAUUAAAUUUAGAAAAGGUAAUUGUUACAAGUAAGUUUUUAAAUUUUUAAUUUUUUAUUUGCGUUCUCCACGUUAAAUUAGAUCUACGCCGGAAGCUAGCAGUCUUAGCAGUGCUUUUGUGGGGGAAACAUUUCUGGAAAGUAUGAUUUUUUUAAAAUAUUGUUUUAUUGAAAAUUGAUUCAUUAUUUAAAAGUUAACCCUAAAAUAGAUUUUAUAAAAUUUCAAAGCCGCAUUACUUGGCCUACGAUAUACAGGGUGGGCCAAUAAAAGUGAUAACAUUUCGUAGCGUAAUAUUUUACGAGAUUUUCUCACUUUUUUUGGCCCACCCGGUAUAUAUUGUAUAACACUGGCAAGUCCAGAAGGGCUGUCGCUUGACUUUUUGAGGCCUCCUGGCACUUUUAUCCCCCACUUUGCAUUCAAAGUUGAUAAUUAAAAAAGCUGUAUAAUAUCCGAGGUCCCCUGCAGUCGAAGGGGUUGCGGGGCCAACAUGGUGGCUCUGAGGUUUGAUGACGACACCUACACUUUUUAACUAGCACCUCUUGCGUUGCUCUCCAAUUGAGUGUAGAAUGUUGUAAAGUUAAAUUCGGGUUUGUUCCAAAAUGCAUCCAUGCAUUUUGAAUUUAUCAAAAAAUGUCUGGGUUCUAUAAAGAUUAUAAAGAUUUAAGAACGAGAACAACCUAGGGCAAAAAGCAUACCAUCAAGUCGCCAAAACUGGAACCAAUUUAGUUAAUGUUAGGCUGGAGUGGAGCUAGAGAUAUUAUCAUGGGCGCCCGCAGGUAGUGGCAAGGUGGGGCACUUGCCCCACCUCCCCUGGAUUGAUUGGAUAAACACAUUUUAGACAAAAAUAGACAAAAAAUUUAUUAAAGUAAAGAGAAAAUAAAGAGAAAGUAACUAAGCUGAUGUCCUGUCCGUUCGUUCACCAUACAAAUACGCUACAGUAAAUUAAAACUAUAUUAAAACAUUACUAACAUUUUUUUGCUAAUUAAAACUAUAUUAAAACAUUACUAACCUUUUUUUGCCCCCCCCCCCUUGGAAGUUAAUCGAUUUUUUUUUGCCCCCCCCCCCUAGAAAUUUUUCUGCGGGCGCCCAUGGCUGGAGCGGAGCUAGAGAUGUUAUUGAUCAUUAUUAUGGCUAAUUUUGGCGCUUCCCACGCGAUAGUCUUAAACGGCCCCUCACGAUCGUCUGACAGAAACACCGAGUUCAAGUAUGGGCCGAAAUUCAUCCCAGCAUUUUGUAUUUGCCCGAGAGUCUUCGACAUCCUAAAUUUCUGCACUCAUCUUCCCUCACACUGAUCAGUGUGACAGUACGGGGUUGAAUCAAAGGGUUUGCCAAAUGAUUACUCUGGGGCUCGCCACAACGAGAGUGAAUUUAGUUUGUGUAUGGCAAUGGGCUCCAUAAUGCGUCCCCCGGACAUUAACCCCCCCCCCCCCCGAAUAACAGAAACAAUGAAUUCACUUCUAUUAAAAAAAGUGGAUCUCAUUAUUUUUAAAUAAUCGAACAUUUUCUGUGAAGGUGACUCCACAGACACUACUUUUGCACUCCUUUUCUUAAUACAAACUCUGCAAUGAACCGGAAAUUCAGCCCCUCGAUAUAAUUACAAAUUGACACCUGGGUUGGGCCACCCUAUUCACAUCCCUUUCUACUCAUCUGACAGAGGCGAAGCGAGAGUGCUGGGCACGAGGGGACAAUAUUCCCUUAUACGCCCCCUCCCCUGAACUUUGUACACAUUAUUUUUAUCCAUUAAAUACCAAGCCCAUUUUGGCGCCCCCGCUAGUCUGGCGCCCGGUGACAUCUGUCCCCUAUGCCCCCUUCAGUUACGCAUCUGCCCAAUAGAAUUUGGGCCCUCCCUAACCUCCUCCCCCCCCCCCCGGGGAGGGGGGAUAAACUGAAAGAAACACGGCACUUAACCACGCCUUUGAAAUUAAAUAUACGGCUUUUUUUUUUUUUUUUUUUUUUUUUUUUUUUUUGCCAAACCUUUUGGUUUUUUUUUUUUUUCAUUAUUUUUAUCCAUUAAAUACCAAGCCCAUUUUGGCGCCCCGGCUAGUCUGGCGCCCGGUGACAUCUGUCCCCUAUGCCCCCUUCAGUUACGCCUCUGCCCAAUAGAAUUUGGGCCCUCCCUAACCUCCUCCCCCCCCCCCCGGGGAGGGGGGAUAAACAGAAAGAAAAACGACUCUUAACCACGCCUUAGAAUUUAAAAAUAAGGCUUUUUCUUUUUUUUUUUUUUUUUUUUUUUUUUUUUUUUGUGCUUAGGCCAAACCUAUUGGCUUUUUUUUUUCUUCCAAUUAUUAAGUACAAAUAUUAGCCUACACUUUAAAUUCAUACCAUGUCUCUUACAUUAAAUUAUGAUAAUUUAAUGUCAACAUUUAUUUAUUCAAAUCUACUUGAUUUCGAACAAAUAAAAAUUUAAUUGUCAUCUAUGCUGCUUUUUUUUUACUGGACAGUGGAGCUUACAGUAAAGUUUCAAGAGAAACUGGCAAUUGUCCCUCUUCCAUGUGGUUUUCAUGGGCUUAACUUUAAAAACCUAGAGAUCAUAUUAUUAGUCUAGGCAUAACAAUAAAAUAACAGGACACAGAAUAGAAAACAUUCCUUUUGUACCAAUCCGCAGCCUUUGUCGGAGCUCUUUUGCGUCAUAUCGGAAGUGGAAGAGAAGAAAAAAACAUUGACAACAUAAUUGAUCGCCGACGCCAGUACUAUAUUUUUAUUUUAUAAUUUAUACUUUAACACUUAGAAUAUCUAAAAUCAUUUUCUUUGCAUAUUUUAAAUUGCUAUUGGUGUAAAUGUCUACGUUAUAUUUUAUCCUUACUCAUUAUUGCUGUCAUAGCAGAAAUUUAGCCUGUUUUAAAGUUGUUUAAAUUAGUUUUUUUAGCGUCAACUGUCAACACGGAGUUGGUGGGUGGGUUGGUAAAUUAGACUUUGACUUAGUUAAUUAGUAGUAAUAAUUUCAUAAUAAUAUUGGCUUAAACCAUAUUUAUUAUGACUGAGUUAUGAGUAUACCGCUGUGGCCCAAAGUAAAGUAUGAUUAACUUCAAAAGCAUGUUAUUGCAAUAAUUUAUAACUUAUGAAUAUUAUAAUUUUGAUGUUUAAAAAUAGUUUAAUUUAAUUAAAAUUAAACUUUAAAUGCAUGGGGCAUGCUAGGCUAAUUUGUUUUUUGGUCUAUUUAAAGUAGUUAAAAUAUAAAAAUUUGUUAUAAUACUUAGUUACUCUGAGUUACUCUACUAAGAGUUGUCAAACCUAGAUACUAGGUUUGUUUAUUUGUUAUGAGGCAGUGUGUAAACUCAUGAUGUCACCACCCCACUCCGCCUCUAGACUUCCCCAUACUUAUCAUAAUAUUCAUAAUCAUAGACUUAGACCUUCUCAGAGUCUCCUCUAGUGACUAGUGUCUACUCUAGUGAUUAGUGGAAUUAUGAUCUCAUGCAACCUGCUCUGUCUUAUGACACCCUGCUCUGGUGGAACGCUCUUGUAUUUAACCGAGUUCUUUUAUGAAAAUGACUCGAAUUUUCAAUUUUUCAUUUUGUGUCUCACCCCCCUAUCAAAUUUCAUACUUAACUAAAAAAAACUAACUUUGGGGUGCUAUUUCUUCUGCAAGAAUUUUACUUUGAUUUUUUUUCCUUCAGUUUUUGUUUUAAAUUUUAUGAUCAUUUUUCUUAAUUAUAGACAAUGGAUUUAUCCAUGGCUGUGUUUGUCACAGUUGUGGUUUGUGUUGUUCAAGGACAGUCAGAUGAUUUAAAACUUGAUGUGCCGAGAUUUGAUGUCAUACCAGAUUUAAAACAGAGAAUUGAUCUGCAAAGAUCUGCAAAUUAUCUGUUACUUCCUCAUAUUUAUAGGUUUGUAUAAAUCAUUAACCUAAUAAUUGGGUAGUUUAAUGCCUAAGACUGUGACAUAGAAAAAAUCUAUAACUGGAAUGGCAACUUCAUGUUUAUUUUAUUCUAAGAUUAAUAACUUCAUGAACAAACACUGGGGACCUAAGUGUAUAUUGUCACUAAGGGAGUACAUGGAUGGCUGAUUUCUAUGCCAGAGAAAUACUUAAGUUGUCUUCUGUAUAAAUUGUUAUAAUUGUAAAAUGUUGUCUUGGUUAAAAUAUGUAUUUAUUUAUGUGCUGAAUGUGUGAACAUGUUUAAUGUGAUUAAAAAAAUUGUCCAUUAAAAUUGCAUCAAUAAAAGAAUCUUAUAAACAAAAAUGCAUUCUUAGGGUAUAAAAUGUACAUCUCUUUGUAAUAUUUUCUGCUCUCAAAGUUCACCAAGCUGGGUACCUCUGCUGAAGGUCACCUAGCUAGCCACCCCUUAUCUAUUUUGAUUAUUAUUUAUUCUUUGUAUUCAGGGCCUUUAUAUAUGGUGGUGCUGACCCACAGCUGCUGCAGACAGUGUCAGAAGUAUGCCAGAACAGUCUGACACAGUACUAUCAUGGGCUGGAACAGAAGGAAGCAUGGGCAUGGAAAAGUGAGUUAUUGAUACAGUUAGUUGUUGACUUAUGGUUGCUGGGUUGCCAAACAGUCUAAACUGAGUCAAUCCAAAAAGUUGGUGGUCUGGGGUUCAAUCUCCACCAAAACCUAGACUAGCAAAAACAUCCCCAGCAUGCCUGGUGGAUGAUACUCUUUAACCUUGGACGGCAACUUAUCUAAGAGAAGGCAAUCCUUGAAUUCAAACCCAAAGAUGGAGUCCCAUAGGUAGUAUGACACAAUGAAAUUUCCGGUAACUCCUACGACACUUAUGGUGCCAAGCUGUAUCAUUCACAUAUGACGUUCUCUUGGGCUAUCCAAGUGCAUUGAGAGAGGAGAGUUUCUGUCUAAGGAACCAGCUUAUCCUCCUAAAGAAAAAUCCCAUUGUGAUUUUGUACUGCAAAGUCUACACCAUCGUCACAUUGUGACAGACGGAUGCCAGAAGUUUUUGACUUUGGACAUAUGAGACUUACCACAGAUGGACUUUAGGGCGUGGAACCCACCAAGAAUAUAUAAUACCUGGCAUUGGGUUUGUAAUAUAGGAAUGGAGAGGCUCAUGUCUUGAUCACUAUGAGCGUUUGAGCAACAUUUUGAUAUACUCCCAAAUUUAUCAGUUUGUCUCACUCAAGAAAUCAAAAAUAAACAUUUUGACUGAUUUCCCCAUUGAAAUAUUCACAUUUUCUACAUGUCCUAGUAAAAAAUACUAAACUCUCUACUCAUAAAAAGGUUAUGUUGACUUCACAAUGGUAAACUUAGAAAAAUUUUUUUUUAAAACCCAAUGAAACGAUGUGGAGAACAGAAAAAAAGAACUUGAACAAACCAUUUUAAAAUGAUUAGCUGUCCUUUCUAUUAAAACCUUGCUACACACUGCUGGACCUCUUGAACCACUGAUUUAGUGUGUGUUUUUUAUGUGUACCCCAGUGUAUGAUUCAACUGGGAAGCAGAACUCUGGGAUCUUCUUCGGAGCAACAACUUGGACAGGCAACUAUGAUGAGUGUCUUGGCAUCAUGUCCAAUGACUGCACAGGCAAGUGUAGAUAUGAGAGACCGGCGCCACAUUUCUGCAGUGUGCACAUGACACAGGC